AUGACUGCACUAGACAUUCAAAAAGAAAUAGCAAAUGCUGUUGCAAGUAAAACUAUAGAUGCUAUUCUUAAAGAUCUUGGAGACUUGCCAUUUGCUAUCCUAGUAGAUAAAUCCUAUGAUAUAUCCGUUAAAGAACAAUUGGCAAUUGUUUUGCGUUAUAUAGAUAAACAUGGCCAUGUGAUUGAAUGUUUUUUAGGUAUUACACUUGUUAGCAGUACCACAGCUGCAGAAUUGAAAAAGACAAUUAACUCGGUGCUUAGCAAACAUAAUUUAAAUAUUAGCAGAUUGCGAGGACAAGGAUACGAUGGAGUUAGCAAUAUGCAAGUUAUUAGUCUUAUUACCAUGUUUUCUUCUGUCAUCGAUAUGGUUGAAGACAUUAUUGAAGAUGGUUUAAAUUCUGAACAAAAAGCAAAAACAAAUAUACUAAUCCAAUCACUCAAAACUUUAGAUUUUGCUUUCAAUUUACAUUUGAUGAAAAAUGUUUUGGAAAUUACAAAAGAGCUAUCUCAAUCACUACAACGAAAAGAUCAAGAUAUCUUGAAUGCAAUGAAAUUAGUUGAAAUUUCAAAACUGUGUUUACAUGCUAUGAGAGAAGAUGGGUGGAAUUCAUUAUUUGAAGAAGUUUCUAAGUUUUGUGCAGAAAACAAUAUUGAUGUCCCCAAUAUGGAUGAACUCUACUAA